AUGGCAACCCAAUCAUCGGAAGAUCUCUUCCGUAUGGCAUGUGUGUGCCCAUUGUUCCAUACUUUGGCAAACAGUCCACAAGUGUGGAACACCAUUUCAAUGGCAAAGUACCCAGACCAUCCUAGCUGGUACUAUGCCAGACCUGCGGUCCAGCAUUUCUUGCAACAAUGCAGGGCUUGCGAUAACCCUGAGUCGAUAUUUAGAGAAGCAUUCGAAGUUUUUUUCAGGCAGGGUAACGUGGAAGCGUUGUAUGGGAUGCGCAUUGCAGCCACGACAGGCCAUAUGGAAGCGGCAUAUGUAGUUGGACUACUUGGUAUGUCCGGAAUUGGUCAGUCAAAAGAGGAUGCAUUAGAAUUCUUGUGUUCUUUGAAUCAACGUAACAACAUUGAUAUGAAAGGAACCAGGGAUGCUUUGACACGAAGAUUAAGCGGACCAAUAGUUGCAAGACAUAUCCUAGAUAUGUUUGACUAUGGGAAGAUUAAGUUCAAUCACUGCAACGCUUGUAACAACAAUGAAUGGUUGUUUGAUGAACCAUAUGCGAUGCGAAGAGCACAUAGUGAACUGGAGUUGGCAUUCAACGAAGGAUUCGAAAAAUUCCGAGCAUUUGCGGCAACUACUCAUACAAGUUAUAAUUGGGACUAUGUGUCCCCUGAUGCUGUGAGAGAGAUACUAGACGAUGGUGGUGACAGGAAUGAGCAUAAGCACGUCAAAGCUGCUCGGAAGAAGCCGACCGAUACGACUAAGUGA